AUGUCUGCCGCUGCGGAGGUCCAAACCGCCGCACUUGGUGUCAAUGCAUCCACUCUCGAGACCACAUCAUCUCCUAUCAGCCUCUUUGCAUCGCCUGCGCUUCAAGAGGCGCCAAGCACCGACCACGGCCGCUCACACACAUCGAGCUGCCCCAGGCUGUCGCUCGUGUCGACGGCCAUCGUCAAUCUAGGCGCAAUGGCGUGCGGACCAGCGGACUACGAGGACGAUGACGAGUUCGUGGACGAGCUCGCGCUCGACCUGAGUCCUGGAGUUUGCGACAGACUCGAGGCGGAGAGCGUGCGCGACACCAUGCAGGCCGUUGCACUUUCUCACGCCGAGGAAGAUGGCGGAGGGGGCAACAAGCGGCCACGCUCUGUGACCUGCUUUGAUGCGCUGGACGACAACGUCCCGGCGAUCAAACGUACGAAGCCAGCGACGCAGGCCGAGCCGAUCAAGCCGUUCUUCGAGGAGGCAUGGGUGCAGCAGCUUUUGACCGGCCGUGAUCGAGCGCCCGCGCCGUCGCCGCCCCAGGAGUCGCCUGCCGAUGCUUCGGCUAUCGAUGCUGCCCCCGCCGAUGCCAUCCCUGCCGAUGCCUCUCGCACCGACGACCAUACUCAGCUCCCGGCCGCCACGCAGAAGGUGGCAGUGGUUCAGAUGACACCAACCGAAGCCGUCGACUCGUCGCCCUCGACGAGCGAAGACGGCUUCUGUCUCGUGCGUGUGGCGCGCACGAGCUCGGACGCCGUGCCCAGCGACGAGGGCGACGAGGAUGUGCCGCUCGCAUUGCUCUCAUCGGCCGCACGCACGAACAAGCCGGGCGAGCCCGAGCCCACGGCGGUGCUCACUGCUAUCGCCAAGGUGCGCGACGCCGUCAGGGAGCUCCAGCGCGCGUACAGGCUCGAGACGCUGCGCGUGGCAGCGCACAUCACCGAACAGCAGCUCGCGAUCGACCAGCUGCGAGCCAAGCUUCGCACCCGAAAGCCGAAGAAGGUGGCCUAG